AUAAAAAAAUUAUUAAUUGGUUUUUCUUUAACAGCAGACACUGUCAAAAAAAAACCCUGUUAAUAGGCUUCCGGUAGAUAAAGUGUUAAAUUGCUUAUUAAAUAAUGAAAGUGCACAAUACUUGUUACAACAUUACAAUUCCAAACGUAUAAUACAAAUCAAUGAAACGCAAGGAAUUCGUAAAUAUUUUGGGACGGUUCUUUCCCUUUUCACUUCUUUUCAAAGAAUAAUUCAGCUGGCAUGGUGUUCAUCGAAUUACAUGCUAUGAAUUUCUUAAAAGCCUCUGUUUUAAAUCGUCGUGUAAUAUGCAAUUUGGAAGGUGUAAAGUUCGAACGUGCUUGGAAAGAAGUUACUGUAUUUGAUCCUGACCAGAAUUUCUUCCAAAAUUUGUAACAGCCAGUCAACAUUUUAAAUCUUCCAAUCCCUCUCACAAAUGUCUAAUGAUUCAUAACACUAAAUCCACACGCAACAGUAUAUCGGGUGUCCUAACAUCUACUACCUCCUUUCUGAGCCUGUAAACUGGAUCAAGAAACAGUGAGAAGGUCGUGGAUGAACAAGUAACCGGUGAUCGCGGAUGAAGGGAUCUUCACCCUUGAAACGUUUUAAGGAGAAACAGAGCGGCCUCGUCGGUCUGUGAGGUCCAUGGAGUUAGACACGCGACUGAGAAAUAACUAGAUCCUUCGGGUGGAGUGCAGUGCGCGAGAGGUGAGUGGAUGAAGAAAGAAGAUCAAAAAGAGGAGCACGGAAGUGCAAGCGCGGUACCGGGAAGCGAAAGGAAACUUCCAGUCAACGAUUUGGCACCAAUUUUUUAGCUGAACCAUUUGGCAAACCCUAACUUAACAGAAAAAAUUUCUUAAUUCUACAUUCAAACAUGAACGCAAUUAUGAUGUUUAUGGUCGUCGUAGGAUUGUGUGCAGCUAUGCCACAAUACUACAUUCCUGAAGGUUUUGUGUAUCCUCAUCCGGCUAAUCUAUUGAAUUCAGCGGUAGAAGAUACCUUACCCAACGAGUUGCGAAACGACUUCUACAAAAAUCCUAUAAUUGCAGCCAAACUUGCGAAAGAAUCAUGGAUUUUCAACAAAGAGAUGCAGGUAAUUGAUCGUGAAACGGAUAAAAUUCCACGAGAAAAAGUAUACAACGUUCUUCAUAAUGCCGGAUUUGUACGAAAAUAA